AUUCUCUCCCUCUCUGGCUGCAUGGAGGAAGUUGUGUGGGUGACCGGGUGGCAGGCAGACAUGCUAAGGGAGAGGGUUUGCAGCAAGGGAUGAGGUUCCUGUGUCCCUCGCUCUGCCCUGGCCUCUGCCACUGGCUCCUGGGCCGGGCACAUUGAGGGGGGCUCCUUUGUCCCCCUUCCCUUAGAAGGUCUCUUCUCUGCCCACCCUCAGUGCCUGCAGUGCCCAGUCUGGGCGGCAGCUGAAGACCAUCAGGAAAUGAGGUUCUGUGGGUGGGUGGGUAGGCAGGCUCAGGAAGCUGCAGUAGGAGGGUCUAGGGCUUCCUGCUCAGAGCUUGGUGAGCCCAGCGGGGGCAGGGGGCUGCAGGGAUCUGAGCCUGCCUGGAUCCCUUCCCACCUCAGCUCCCCAGGCAGUGGGCUCACCCUUGCGCCUUUCCUGGAGAGCGUGUUUCUGCGUGUGUAUGUCCUCUGGGUGUCUGACGGCCUUGGUCUGUGUCUGUCUGUUCCCAGAGGUGUCCAUGCACGCUGUAGUUCUGCCUUGGCACCGUCUUCCAUGUGUGUGACCUGUGUGUAUGUGUAUCCCUGUGAGUGUCUGCGUUUCUGAGUGUGUAUCUGUCUCUGUGUGUUCACCCAUAUGCCUGUCUGGGCAUCUCUAUGUUUGCAGGAAUGUGUGUCCCAUGAGUGUCUGUGGACAUGCUCCGUGCCUUCACAUGUGUCUCAGAGCCUUGGUUGCCGUGAAGAUGCAGGCAUAAGUCCUGGGGGACAGCCAGGGAUGCUGGGUCCUGGGGCAUCUGCCCGUUCCAUCCUCUCCUGAUUUGCCAGGUAUCCUAGCGACGCUGCUGCCGGUUGCUUAGCAACCAGGUCCCCAUUCUUGGAGAAGGUGCUCUGAGCAGGGUCUGAGCUGUCGGGAGAGGUCUGCUUCUCCUUCAAAGCCCGUGCAGGAAGAACGACCCCGUGACCAGGUGGGAGCUGGCGAUUCAGCUCAAGGGUCACCCACAUGGCCUUGACCUGUGACCUUUCAUCUCAGUGGAUCGGGCAGGGGACCCCCGUGCUGAGAAAGACGCAACUCCAAAGGAGCCGCUCAGCUUUGUGGGGGCCGGGGCCCCGUAUGGGUAGCGAUGCUUGGCACAGCUCUGGGACACAGCUGUGGCAGACAUGCCCUUGGCGUGUCUCCCAGUGACAAGCAGACCUGGGGUUUCAACCCGUCUCUGUCGCUCUGCAGGGCCUCAUGCUGCUGAAGCUUUAUGCUGUCGGCAGUGGCCGGGUGCAGUGGGAGUGACUGAGCUUCGGGAGCACGCAGUAGGUGCUGGGCCAGUGCUGGGUCUCGCCUGCUUGUUUACCAUGAAGCUUUGAUCUGCGGAGAGCUGGCCGGGUGGGGGAUUUUUGUGUGCCGGGAGCCCAGCUGGGGGGUGCUGUUCUGGGCACGGAAUGCCAGCUCUGGCUGGUCUGGACCAGCUGUCCGAGGCUGUGUCUCUGUGUGUGAGUCGUGACCCCCAUGUCUGUGUGUGUCAGAGUCUGUGUGCAUGUCUCCAUGUGCGUCCCCAGGUCUGCAUCUGUGUGUCCUGUGCCUAUAAGCCUGUGGCCAUCUCUGUCCGUGUGUCCCGGCCUGUGCCCGUGUCCCCAUCUGGGGUCUGUGGGUCUGAGCCUCCUUGUUCAUCUCUGCAUGUGUGUCCUGGUCCGUGUCUCCUCAUCCAGUGUGGGGCUGGCGCAGCCCUGGAUGCAGUGACCCACCUUCCCUCGGCCCCUCUUCCAGCCUGUGCGGCCCCUCCCCCUCUGGAGCUGCAGCCUCCUCCCCCCACCCCCCGUGUCGGGCUGCCGGGCUCACUUGGCUGCUGCGUCUGGUCUGGCGGUCUGGCGUCUGCUGAGGAGAAGGAGACCCUGUGCUGAGCCAGUGGCGGCUGGGCCUCUUCCACCCUGCUCUGCACCUGCGCUCGACUGCUGGCUGGUUGAGGGUGGGGGUCUCUACGGUGGUCCCAGCUCCCAAGAAGGUUGCAGAGGUGCUACACUCAGUGGAUCUGCAGGGCACUGGCAUGGAGCCUCUCUUCCCCGCCCCGUUCUGGGAGGUCAUCUAUGGCAGCCACCUUCAGGGCAACCUGUCCCUGCUGAGCCCCAACCACAGCCUGCUGCCUCCGCACCUGCUGCUCAACACCAGCCACGGCGCCUUCCUGCCCCUUGGGCUCAAGGUCACCAUCGUGGGCCUCUACCUGGCCGUGUGUGUUGGGGGGCUCCUGGGGAACUGCCUCGUCAUGUAUGUCAUCCUCAGGCACACCAAAAUGAAGACAGCCACCAAUAUUUACAUCUUUAACCUGGCCCUGGCAGACACUCUGGUCCUGCUGACGCUGCCCUUCCAGGGCACAGACAUCCUUCUGGGCUUCUGGCCGUUUGGGAACGCCCUGUGCAAGACCGUCAUUGCCAUCGACUACUACAACAUGUUCACCAGCACCUUCACGCUGACCGCCAUGAGUGUGGAUCGCUACGUGGCCAUCUGCCACCCCAUCCGCGCCCUUGACGUCCGCACAUCCAGCAAGGCCCAGGCUGUCAAUGUGGCCAUCUGGGCCCUGGCCUCUGUUGUUGGCAUUCCUGUGGCCAUCAUGGGCUCGGCACAGGUCGAGGAUGAAGAGAUCGAGUGCCUGGUGGAGAUCCCUGCCCCGCAGGACUACUGGGGCCCUGUGUUUGCCGUCUGCAUCUUCCUCUUCUCCUUCAUCAUCCCCGUGCUCAUCAUCUCCGUCUGCUAUAGCCUCAUGAUCCGGCGGCUGCGUGGAGUCCGCCUGCUCUCGGGCUCGCGAGAGAAGGACCGGAACUUGCGGCGUAUCACUCGACUGGUGCUGGUGGUGGUGGCUGUGUUCGUCGGCUGCUGGACGCCCGUGCAGGUCUUUGUGCUGGUCCAAGGGCUGGGCGUGCAGCCGGGCAGUGAGACUGCCGUGGCCAUUCUGCGCUUCUGCACAGCCCUGGGCUACAUCAACAGCUGCCUCAACCCCAUCCUCUAUGCCUUCCUGGAUGAGAACUUCAAGGCCUGCUUCCGCAAGUUCUGCUGCGCCUCCGCCCUGCGCCGGGAGAUGCAGGUGUCUGACCGCGUGCGCAGCAUCGCCAAGGACGUGGCCCUGGCCUGCAAGACCUCUGAGGCAGUGCCGCGGCCCGCAUGACUAGGCGUGGACCUGCCCAUGGUGCCCGUCAGCCCACAGAGCCCGUCUACGCCCAAUACGGAGCUCACACAGGUCACUGCUCUCUAGGCUGACAUGCCCUGAGCACCCAGAGCCUUGGACGGGCUUUUCCCUGUGGGCCAGGGACACUCGGUCCCAGAGGAGGACCUAGUGACACCGUGGGACAGGUCAGAGCAUCAGUGCUACCUCCAAGGUCCCGGACACACUGAAGCUGCGCUCCUGGUGCAGGGCUGCAGGGACACAAGGACCUACCUGGAAGCAUCUGCUGUGCCGGUGGACAGCCCCGACUGGCGCCCAAGCCCCCCAUGCCUCCCGUGAUGCUUGGCCGCUCUGUUGCUGUGUUGGCAGAACCCUGGGUGAGCACGCACUGGAGGAGCCGCAGCAGCUGUGUCAUUGUGCACACCCCAUGUGCUGUGUGCAUGGCAGGGCUCCAGCAGCGUCUCCUCAGGGCAGCUGGACAGGCUUGGCGCCUCCCCGUAAGUGCAGCAGGGCAGCUCUUCUGUUGGGUGGGACUUGCCCUGAGCUUGGAGCUGCCACCUGGAGGACUUGCUGUUCUGACUGCAGCUGUGCAGCCAGGGUCACCCCAGGAGGGAGUGUCCCGGUGGACUGCCAGUCACUGGCUGUAGACACUGAGCUGGGCCUGGGCCAGCCGCACCUCUGAAGGUUUUCUGUGUGCUGCCCCAUGCAGGCCUCAUCCCUGACUGCAGCUUGGCUCUGGGCCCAACCCCGUUUCCCUGCAGGAGAGCGGCGGGAGGCCCUGACCCAUUCCCUCCGGCAGUGCUACAGCGUCCCUCCAGGACCGGACGGGACCGGACCAUCAGCUGAGCCCUGCUUCUCGGUGCGUGGGAGGGGCUCAGGAGGAAGGCGCCUCCUGACCACCAUGGGCAGCUCUGUUGUUCACAAAGUAGAGGCCUCAUUUUCCUGGUCUCGACUGCUCUGUUUGGAGCAGGGUGAGGGAAGAUUUUCUGGGGGUCCCCACAUCCUCCCAGGGCUCCCCUCAGUCUCUCCUUUGCUUGAAGUCAGUGGUCGGUGGCUGUGCUGUGCUUCGAGGGAAGCUGUGUGGGAGAACCCAGUGGCCACAGCAGAGUUCUGCUCUGGUGACGCCUGCUUCAUUUACAGACCUCAAGAUGGUCCUGCGCAGGGCCUGAGCUUGCUGCCCAGAGGGAGGUGUGGGGCUUGGCAGGGCUCGCUUGAGCCCAGCUGCAAGGACUGUGGUGGCUGCAGGGACACUUGGGUGGGGGGUGCAGUAUCUGUACCUCAGGGGAUGCCUUGCUGCAGUCACCCAGAGAAUCACCCUUCCUGGUCUAUAGACGGAAGCUGCAGGUUGGUGACUUUGCAAAUGCUCUUCCUACAGACGAACUAUUAAAAUACCCACAACAUUGAAAAAACUCAAUUUUUCCACCAGGUAACCUUAGGCAGCUGCAAAGAACAGGAAGUGAUGGUGUCUCGCCACAGAGCCUGAUCCUCCAGGUCUGGGGAGCCUUAGCCGUGGGGAUUGUUCCUGGGGAGGCCCAUGCUGUCUCCAUGACGUCUGUGGCAGGAGUCUCUGAGAACGGGAGCUGCCUAGCUGCAGUGUUUUCUUGCCAAGGCUAAGCGUUUUGUGAAUCUGUGCUGAUGUAAUUUGCAUCUUCACGUAUUUAUGCAUGUGGCAAGUGUGACGUCCUAUGCACGUAGUCCACCCUGGGUCUGUCUCCCAGGUCACGAAAAAGGACCCUAAUAAACGCUCGCUCACUGGCUGGGUACUCUUU